CGGAGAAAGACGACUCUCCGAUGUCGGUGUGCGAGGCUCCUGCGGGGUUUCCUGAACUGAACGGGUCGACGGGCUUAGUUAACUGAGGAGUUCAGGAAUCGCAAAGGUGCAACAAUAGCUUUUCUAUGAUAGACUGAACACUUCACAGUCUUAUGUUUUACUGGCAAGUCCACUAUGGAUUACAAGUAACUUACCUUUUAGUGUCACUUGAAGCGUGGAUGAUACGUUUCAACGUGUUUGCUGGGAGAAAAAAGAAUAAAGUUCUGUUUUCUACGUCUACCUAAGAACCUCUGCACUUACUCGCGGCGCAGUAGCCUAUAGGCUGCUAGGCGACACUUCCUACAGGUGUUGACGUCUGGACUUUUACACUCCUGGGUCGCUUCUCGUCCCUUCUUAUCCGGGCUGAACCGAAAUCCAUUCCAGCUAUGGAGCUAUCACCGAGGAACGCCAGGCAGCGGCGGCGGCGAGAAGCCAGUAAAAACUCAACAUAUCCCGAGAAGGGAACGGCACUAAAGACAUCACCGGUUCGGAUGGCCGCUCUUUUCUGGUUUGGCAUUCUUUGCACCAAAGUUCUCUGCAUCCAGGCGGCUGCCAUCUACUUCUCCAAGGAGCCCAAGUCCCAGGAUGCUUUGCACGGACGCAGCGCCAUGCUUCGCUGUGAGGUGAGUGGCGUGGCAGACGUGACCUACAGCUGGCUGCACAACGGCGAGCCCGUGCUCGACUCGGACCGUCGCUUCCAGGAGGGUAACAACCUCAAGUUCACCGCUGUCGACCGUCACCUGGACGCUGGCAGCUUCCAGUGUGUGGCCCUGGACGCUGCGUCGGGAGAGAAAGCCCACUCCAACAACGCCUCCUUCAACAUCAAAUGGUUGGAAAGUGGAGGAGUAACCCUGAAAGAGCCUGCCUCCGAGGCUGAUAUUGAGAGUUCCCAGCCAGUCACGUUACGGUGCCACAUUGAUGGACACCCUCGGCCCACCUGCAAGUGGUACAAAGAUGGCGUCCAGCAGACGGACAAGACCCACCAAAUCAACAGUAAGGAGCGCACGCUGACCCUGAGGAGCGCCAGCCCAGACGACAACGGCAUUUACUACUGCUGUGCCCGCAACGCCGCCGGACAAGUCUGCAGUAACAGCAACUUCACCCUCAACAUCAUAGAUAAGAGCUUCCCACGCGUAUUGGUCUCUCCUGAAGACCAUGCAGUCCUGCGGAACGGAGAAGCCAUCUUCCACUGCCAGUUCACAGCGGACCCUCCUCCCAUAGUUGAGUGGUUCCACGAGUCCGAACCCGUGGUCAACAAAACUCGGAUGGUGGUCUAUAGCAAUGGCACCCUGCACAUCAUCCAGGUGAAGGUGAAAAGCACAGGCACUUACAGGUGUGUGGGCCACGGAGCCACUGGACGAAACGUCACUGUACAGGCAACCCUGAGUCUAGCAGAGAUUCAGGACCUGGGCCCCAGCCAGGACCACGUGUUUACCGCCAACUCCCAGGUGCGCAUCAGCUGCCAGGCAGAGGGCACGCCAGAGCCCGAGGUCCGCUGGGAGGUGCCCGGCGGGCAGCCGGCCGAAACUGAGGGACGCAUCUUCCAGGACGGCAGAGCCCUCAUGUUCAAUCCUACGCAACAGGGCGACUCGGGCACCUACGUCUGCUUGGCCAGCAACAAGGCGGGCAGGAAGACCCAGGAGCACAGAGUCACCGUGGCCUCGGUUCCUGAAUGGGUGACUUCGCCCGAGGACACCAGCUUGAGGGAGGGCCAGCCCGGCUUCCUGCACUGCCACGCUCAGGCCACACCCACUCCCGAGGUCAUCUGGUAUCGCAACGGCAUGGUCAUCACCCCAGAGGAUUCACGAUUCAUGCUCUUUUCUAAUGGAACCCUGCGGAUUAACAAUGUGGAGGUGUAUGACGGCGUCAUGUACGGCUGCCAGACUAAGAACAUCGGAGGACAACUCAGUGGACAGGCCAAGGUCAAAGUCUUAGAGAAGCUCAAGUUCACGCCUGCCCCACAGGCCAUCCAGUGCCUGGAGCUGGAUAAGGAGAUCAGCGUCCAGUGCUCUGCCACAGGCGAGGAUGUGCCCAGUGUUCUCUGGACCAAAGCAGAUGGCAGUGAGUUGCCCCCUCGCAUUGAGCAGAGGAACGGUGUGCUGCGCUUCAGUAAGGUGACCCGUGAGGACGCAGGCAACUACACGUGCUUGGCCUCCAACCACCUGCAGGGGGAGAUCAGAGCCUACGUCUCCUUCACUGUGGGAGUGUCCAUCCAGUUCAAGAUGAACCCUGAGUACACCACCGUGUACCAGGGUCACACGGCCAUCCUGCACUGCCAGGCCACCGGAGACCCCGAGCCCAGCCUCCAGUGGAUGGUCAAGGACAAGAUGCUCGCAGCCAGUAAUGGAAGGUUUCAGGUCAUGCUGAAUGGCUCUCUAGUCAUCACUGACGUUACUACAGAUGACACCGGCAAAUACACAUGCGUGGCUGGAAACAGUUGUGGUAUCAGUGACAGCUCAGCACAGCUUUACGUUGUCGAGAAGCCAGUGAACCCCCCACCAGAGGAAGAGGACAGAGCCCCUUAUAAGAUGAUCCAGACCAUCGGGCUGUCGGUGGGGGCGGCGGUGGCCUACAUCAUCGCCGUGCUGGGCCUCAUGUUCUACUGCAAGCAGAGGCGCAACGCCAAGAGGCUGCUGAAGGGACAGCAUGGAGACGAGCCAGAGAUGGAGUGCCUCAAUGGUGGUGCUGUGCAGCAGAAUGGGCAGACCACAGCAGAGAUUCAGGAGGAGGUGGCCCUGACCAAUGUGGGCACCACGGCAACAGCUGAGAAGCGCCACAGCACCAAUGACAAGCUGCAUUUCCCCCGAGCAGACCUGCAGACAAUCACCACUUUAGGGAAGGGUGAGUUUGGCGAGGUGCUGCUGGCCAAGGCGAAAGGCAUCGAGGAGGGCGAGGAGGAGACGGUGGUGCUGGUGAAGAGCCUGCAGGCGCGCGACGAGCACCUGCAGCAGGAGUUCCGCCGCGAGGCCGACAUGUUCGCCAAGCUCAGCCACCCCAAUGUGGUGCGGCUCCUAGGCCUGUGCCGCGACGCCGACCCCCACUACAUCAUCCUGGAGUACGUGGAUCUGGGGGAUCUCAAACAGUUCCUCAGAAUAUCCAAGAGCAAAGAUGAGAAGAUCAAGCCCCAGCCUAUCAGCACCAAAACCAAGGUGUCCAUCUGUGCCCAGGUGGCCAGUGCCAUGGAGCACCUGUCCAGCCAGAGGUUUGUUCACAGAGACCUGGCCGCCAGGAACUGCCUGAUCAGUGGCCAGAGGCACGUCAAGGUGUCUGCCCUCGGCCUAAGCAAAGAUGUCUACAACAGUGAGUACUACCACUACCGGCAGGUGUUGAUCCCAUUGCGCUGGAUGCCUACUGAGGCCGUGUUUGAGGAUGAUUUCUCCACCAAGUCAGAUGUCUGGGCCUUCGGUGUGCUCAUGUGGGAAGUGUUCAGCCAUGGAGAGCUGCCUUACACUAAACUCAGUGAUGAUGAGGUCUUGGAAGGCCUGCAGGGUGGUAAGAUGAAGCUGCCAGCGCCGGACGGCUGCCCCUCCAAAGUCUCCAAGCUGAUGGGCCGCUGCUGGGCAACCAGCCCCAAAGAGAGGCCCUCCUUCAGUGACCUGGCCCAGGCCCUCACCGAGCUGCCCUCCGACAGCAAAGUCUGAAGGACUCCGCACAACACACACACCUCGUGCAAUCCUUUGUGACCCCCCCCCCGCCCGCCCGCUUGCCCCACCUCACCCCUCUUCUUCUUCAAGCCUCAGCCCCCCCUGCCCCCAAAGGAGCUCCCAGAACCACCUGCCUGCCCGCACAAUCACAGACAUGCUGGAUGCAGAACUGAGUCUGACACAUUUCAGGGGGAGGAGAGGAGAGAGUGGGCUAUCGGAUUGGAAAAAGAGACUUUUUUGUAUUGACGGACGUGUGUGUGUGUGUGUGUGUGUAUGUAUGUAUGUAUGU